CAAUGAUGGCGGCGUCUACAAGACGGAGCGGACGGCACAGAUCUCCGUCCUCAUCCCCUAAACACACCCAACCUACAGGCCCGGCUGAGAUGGAGGCCCUAGACUCGCUGACAGACGCAUAUAACGACCAAUCUCUACCUGUUCCCAUACAAGUCUUCCUUUGGCACCAGAUAAGUCCUUUCAUCCGUCCUAAAUUGGGAAAACUUCACGAAGCUUCUUGUCAGUUUUGCCAACAUGCUCCUGGACAUCACGAGCUGAAAGAAGCGUGCAAGUCCUUCGAAAAAGUUCUUGUUCAGAACAUCCAGUUCGGAUUACCACCGAAUCUCGCAGAUGCCAUCAAGUCGGUUCCAAGAUGGCGGCUGGUACAGGCGGCUUUUCCCCAUGUGAUGCACUGCGCAGCGUCACUCUUGCAUAACAGGAAAGACACAAACCUUCAAAACCUUGGGGCUGCCGAGACUAAACUCCUCUAUAUCCUGCAUUGGAUCAUACUUGACGCGGCUGAGGAGUGUGCUGACGCGGAUUAUGAGAAAGGAAUCUAUCACACAUCGCCUUUUUAUUAUCUCUUCUCAAUACCAGCGAUCACACUAUUUGUAUACCUGUUUGCGCCUCUUUGUCACCAAAUCAAAGAGUCAGACUUGCAAACAUUUCGCCUGGAGAAUGGAACUAAGAUAUGGCAAGCCAUGUGGGAACAUCGCCAUCCGAAUUCUCCUUGCUUCACUGCUCACGCCAAGCCAAAACCUCGCGAUCUUUGGGCUAAGAUGACAAAAGGUCCUCGUCCCCAUUUUGGAGAUGUUUUUCUUGGAAGAAGUGGAGGGGUGGAAAUGGUUGCGAGCUGUGAAAGUCCUACACAAGGAUCCACGUCCGUCACUGACUUCGGCUCAGCCGGGUCAACCGUCAACAGACAAGUGGAUGAGGAGAACAUCUGGGUAUCAUCUCCAAAAGACAUAGCUUUCCCUGAAACUAUCCCUGAGGAAAGUUCAAGUGCCGAGGAAGACCACAUGUUUCAGGUUAUUGUGCAGUUCACUCACUCCUCGGGAAACAAUGCGCACACGUCUACCAGUAUCAAGCAGGUUCAGGUGCCUGUGCCUCGUAUUACCAAGGUGCCUACAGUGACGUACGAGAGGGUGGCUGCCACUCCUACGAUUCCACGCCAGAAGCCUCAAGCUCAACCUACAGGGACCCCGUCAGCAAGGGGAAGGGGAGGUCCCCCAGUCAAUGACAUCGCUGCAGCUACAUUUCUUGACGUAGCCGUGCUGCGAUGUCUCUUCAUAUCUCAGUGGCCCGAGGAAGGGGUGUUCUGGGCUUUGCAGUAUCUUUAUCAUAGAUUGCAGGAGCUCAGCGAGGGGUCCAUCAGCCAGCAGCAGUCUCGCCGUCGCAGCAACUCUUUGCCGAUACCCAAGAUCGAGGUCUCUCUCUACCAGAGUCCUGAGACCAAGAAGAAGGAGAAUAAGGACUUCAUUGAAGUUCCUGAACCAAAAGACAUAAACGUCCUUGCAGAAGCCCCAUUCACGGUACACAAAGUAAACGAAGACAAGACCUCACAUACAAGGCGCUCUAGUGAGAAGGGGAAGAAGAAAAUGAAAAUGGCUGACUUGAGGGCUUUCGUGGAAACCAAACUGCUGUCAAAAUCAGACAAAGCUCUGGAGAGGAUCGGCCAGAUGGAAACAAAAUCUCUAGACGAUCAGGAGUACCACCGUAGCCUAGACACGGGAGACGAACACCUCGCUCGUGUUGGUUCACCUGUCAACAAACUCCUCGACCCAAAGCCUCGACCUGUCACAAACCUAGUGAAGGGGAAAAGCAUGCCAAGUUUGAGCUGUUUGCUUGAUGAAAUGACGUAUGGGGGCGGAUAUAUCGGAGAGAGUCGUAGAGAUCGAGAGCAGAUGGAUCCGUCUCCCAAUCCGAUCAUAACAGUGACGGAGCACACGCCUACACCGUCUCCAGACUACUUCCGCAGAAAGGGUUCCAUCGACAGCCAGCUAGAUGCGGCCAGCUUGAAGGUAGAUCAAGAACGCAAGCCGAGUCUCACUCGCUCACAGACAGACAGCAACAUAACCUAUACAGCUGAAGAAACACCCGAAGCCUCUGGUUGUACUUAUUACAUCACCAAAGAGGGGAACAUAGACCUUCAUGUCGUCCUCAAGGCCGUCCAUUCAGUGGUGCUGAGAGACAACGUGUGCUGCACGCUGCGUGUGUGUGAAGUUGUGUUCAACCUGCUAGAGCUGCUGAUAGACAUGGGAGUGCUGAAGACUCAUCAGCCCGCAGACAACGGCAGUGAUCACGACAACCCUCCUCCUGAACCUGAACCUCCCAAGGUCACUAGCAAGGUCGAGACUCCUCACGGGUUCGUCAUGAACUGUGUCAUCAGGGUGCUUCGUCAUCUGGGUUGUCCCCACGGGUGUACAGAAGGCCAGCGUGGACCUCCCAUAGACUUCUUACGUUCUCAAGGUCAGAACAUCCUUGGUAAGCUGCACCGCGCCGGCGCCAAACAGUUUGGCCGCUACCUUCGUCACAUGGUCAACACGGACUCCAUACCUGAGAUUCUGGAUUUCUUUCACUCUUAUGUCGGCUUCUGUGUGGACCCUAGCUCUUUGCUUUCCCCUCUGAACCAAAAACGCAGCUGCAGCAAAUCACCUGAUGUCGGUACGCAAGGAGGUUACGCCACAAACUUUGGCGCAGGUCUUGGUGGGGGUGGGCGCGGCGUAGAAGGACAGAUUAUGGUUAACAUCUUCAAGGCCCUAGUGACACGAUUGGUCAAGUCUAACAAAGAUUUGAAGCUUCCAGAAAACAUGACUCUGUAUUGUGAUGUGAGACAACUGAUGACCUACGUAAAGGAAGCGCACGGAGGAGUGUUUAGAAGAGUAGCAUUGAGUGGUCUCAUAGACGUUGCUAUCAAACCUCAUCGCAAGGAGCCCAAGGCACAGACCACCAGAGUUAUCAGGCAUAUUCCACACUCAGAACAAGACGACCAACUAAACGGUGGUUCUUGUUACGUAAUGGACGAUCGAGACGCAAGAAAAAUAUUGUUUAAGAAGAGGAGCACUUCAUCCACAUGUGCUAGCCUUUUGGAGUCUGAGCUGUGUGAUGAGACGGGCAAGAUGGUUCAGAGUCCGUUGAGUAAUCUGCGCAAGAAGCAUCCCUACCAUGUCCUGACACCUCGGCAGAGUGAGCGCAACUUGGGAGUGUCGGACAGUCCUCACAUGUUGCCGUUAAAGGCCAACCAGACUUCACGCUUCCAGAUCGGCGGCCUUGUGAACUGGUUCCGCCGAGAGCAUGGUAGGUCAGACUCGCUUGACAGUCAUGACGGGAGUGACUCCCCGGUGGAGGGAGGAGCUUUGGUACAUCAAGCAGCAGCUCUCCAUCACUCUUAUAGCAAGACUUCACAGAAAAGCAGUGGAAGUGUGGGUAACACCAUACUACGUGCAAGGCGUAGAGUCGAGGAUCAGAUCAACAAGUUUGGUUUUGGAAAAGGGAAGAAGAAAGACGGAAGUGUGGAAGAGACACAAGGCAGUUACCUGAGCAGACGUAACUCGGUGGAAACCGGAGAACACAUCGGGGACUCGGAGUUUGUUGUGUUGAAGGAGCGCAAACUCGUACCCACUCUGCCAGUGUUCAACGGCAUGCUGCGUCUGUCCUUCCUACUAGAGACCUGUCCUCCGGGCACCAUCCCGGACCCCUACCUGCUGACGGCACUCAUGGAUCUGCCUGGAGCUCCAGUGGUGGCCAAGGCUUGUUUCCUACUCGAAUGCUGCUACUUUGUCCACUCGUGUAACAAAGGCCAGUGGCCUGCGUGGAUGAAGCUCAACUUUCCCAUGUUCCGGCCGUCCGGUCCACUGCCCAACCGUGGCGCGCCUACUGGACAGAAACGGUCUCACAUUCUGCAAAGGGCUGCGGGCAAAAUGUUCUACCAGUGGGGAGAGGCGCUCGGCAGCCGGCUGGAGGAGAUGAUGGCUGAAGACAAGCAACACAUCUCAGCCGUCAUCAAUCUGAUGGUGGACGAGAACAAGCAGAAGCAACUGCUCAUAGAAGACGAGGAGGAAAACUUCCUUGAUGAGUCAUGCCUGUUUGCAUACGGUGCCGAGUGUCCUAUUGCUCUGCGUCUUGUGGCGUGCACGCUGCUGAUGGAAAUCACCGCAUUCUUGCGUGAGACGUACCAGAGUCUACCCAAGUCUUGCCGCAGCUCCGCACGGGAUCGGCCACCGCCUUGGGAGCGAAUGUACACUGCGUCAACAGCCAACCGUCGGUGGAGCAUGGCACUGUCCAGCAUGGGCCAUUCACAGACCUCUGCGCAGAGUCUGCAGUCCAUCGCAGGCGAUAAGGACGCAGACGCACUGAGCCUUCGUUCCCUGAAUGCCCCAACGAGCCCCCAGCUGCUGCAACUUCCGGGGGACAAAAGAGUCCGAGCUAAGUCUUCCCCCCGGUCAUCCGUCACUGGCAUCACGGGUUUAGCUUCUGAGAGAAAAAUCAGCUUUGUACUUCACGAACCGGACAAUGAGUCGGAAGGAAGCAGCAACACGACGGUUACACUUCAGGGAGAGGAGAAAGAACAGAUGGAUGAUAAAAAAGGUCGUAGGACAGGGCCUCAAGGUCGACCUUUCCUGUUGCGGCGAGGCACUGGCUCUAACACAGCUACGGCUCCCCCCACCACUUCUACUUCUGGCUCCUUCAAACGUCGGUCGCUCAAACUGCGACGGGGAACCAAGGAAGGCGCCAAGGAUAUACUAGAUUGUGACUUUAAAAGAGCAGAUUCGAUUCAGUCAAAACGUAAAGUGAGUUCGUUGUCAGAUCGUAGCGACACUUCGGAGCCGGGAGUGUGCGGAGAAGUGAGUGGAGAAGAGUCUCCGGGGAUACUGAGUGACGACCAGCCUCCGGAGAGUCCCAGCGAUAGUAAUGAGGCAGACGACACAAGUUCUCAUCUACCUUGGCUCAAGGUGAUGAUUCAGAUGGCAAACUCGUUUAAUUAUUAUUGUUCUCACCAAUCUUUCUGCCAUCCGUUUUGCUACAAGCGUCACAUGAGAGCAGCUACUCGGUUGAUGAAAGCUGUGAGACAGGUGUACGGUGAAGAGUUCGGUGUAGUCAGUGGUCAGGAGAAGAAGUUGUUUGAUGACGGCAAGAAAGAUGGCAAACGAGGUCGUAAAGUGAGCGAGCAGACAAGCACUAACGCAUCGCCUGUACGACGUAAGGACAGCAUCUCCAAAAAGGAUCGAAUCGACAGAAAUGUAGAUGGCCCAAAAGAUUCUAAUAAAGACAUGAAUGAGGGAGAAAAUGAAAAGAUCCAAGAACAGACUAACUCAAAGAAAAAACAAGAAAAUGAAGAAAAGAAGGACUACCCUCACAUUUUGAAAUACAUUAAAACACAGGUGAGGGACGUGUUCCACUCAAUGCUAGGAGUGUUGGUGAAAGGCGCUGUUGUCAUGACAGAGGAUCAGUUUGUUGACAUGUUGUCAGUAUCUUGGGAGCUGCUGCUGCAAACCAACCAAGAGGUUGCAGCAAGCGCUGCGGCCCUGUUUAUCCUAGCAGCUGUGCGAUCUCCUGGUCAUGCCUCUCAACUCAUGCAACACGCUCUACACAACCAAGACCCAGCUGUGCGGAUAAACGCUAUCCUCAGGUUCCAAGUUCUGUGGAAGCUGAGGUACCAAGUGUGGCCCAGGAUGGAGGAUGGAGCUCAUGUUACGUUCAAGGUCCCCCCGCCAGGGAUAGAGUUCACCCUCCCUUCCCCCAAGAUCGGUAUCGAGUCUCUCCCCGUGGUCGACCCUCCGUGGAUGCCUCAGGUCAAAACUAAAGUUGAAGAAGUCACUUUGAACCAAGAGAGCCAUCGAUCACUGGUCACAGCGACGAAAACACGUAAAAAACAACAAACGGAAUUGAUAAAAAUGGCUUUGCAAGCAAGAGAAGACAAACGGAGAUCGGAAAGAGAGAAUUUUCUGGUGACGACAAUACCGAUUACAGUACAAGCUGCUUAUGAGCCGAGCCUACACCACGCGGUGGGCGAUGAUCAUGAUGAGGGUGGGGAUGAAGAGCAAGGCGAGACUCAGCAACGGAACACGAGUCAUCUGAUACACUCGGCUCACUCGCUGUUCCCCUCGUGCUUGUGUUCGGCUGUGAUACAGAUCAUCAACCUGCUGGAUGAUGCAGCGGUGUCUCCGGACGGCAACGCUGUCUAUGAGAUAGCCUACCAGGUUAUCUGGAACUGUCUGGUGGAAGACAGUGCGUUGUUCCUCAGAUACAUACUGGAGAGACUAACCAGAGAGAAGCAAGAGUUGAUGUUCAAGAUUCUCCGUCACUUGAUUCGCUUCGUGCCACGGCUGCCGCAGCAAGCAGCGUUCACACUGUACAACUACAUCAUCGGCUACGUCAUGUUUUACGUUCGCUCUCCGCACGAAGAGGGACAGAAACUGAUUGGGGCUGCACUCUCUGUGCUGUGGAUGGUGGUGCAUAGUGUACAUGGUAUCAUGUUCAAAGACCUCAAACAGAUUCUGCGUAAGGAACAGUGUGAUGCCUCCAUCCUCCUCACUGCCAACGUACCUUCCACCAAGAAGAUCAUCGUUCACGGACCUCAAGAGCAAGAUGCCGGUGGAAUCCCUUCCCAAUUCCCGGUACAGGAAGACACUCAGUUCUGCCAGAUCCUGAGGGAAUCUCUGGACUUCUUUGGAAUAGACGAAGCUCGUCACAAAGAGUUCUUCUUGGUUGAUCACAAAACUCAUCAGAUCCACAAUCCCACGUCCUAUGUGAGAGACUUCUACUUCUUCAAGCGCUCGCAAUAUCCACAACUGAAACUGGUGCAUAUGAAGGCGGACGAGGCCUUCAAUGCGUUGCAACGACAGGAACUCAUGCAUAAGUUUGUGGAGAUUGGAAAAGUCCUUCUCACUUGGGCCAUCCUCAAGAAUGUCGACAUGGUUGUUCAACGUGUUGUUUUUCUGCAUGAAGAACUGAUGAAGUUACCUUCAUUCCCAAGAAAAGCCCUUGAAGCAGACUUAGACCUGUACAAAGGAGGGGAAAUGGGAAAGGAGCUGCUAGGUCUGGAUGUGCUGCACAAGUUCAUGUGGGUUCGCCUGAUUGCUCGCAUGUUUGAGGCGAUGGCCGGUAACUUUGCCUACUCCGGUGACAUCCACUUGUUUCUUAAUGUCCUCAACGGAGCCGUGAUCCUGCACAGUGAAGACGCGUGUAUCCUGCGCUAUGUCAUGGCUACGUACAUCAACGCAGCUCACAACUUCAAGAACAUCUUCUCCACUAACGGAUAUUUCCUGAUCAUCCCCACACUACUGCAGCUGUACGCUAGUCAUCAGACCAACAAGCUGGUCACCCGCACAGUUGAGUAUGUGGUGAAGCAGUUCUACCUCAUGAACAGGAAACCUUUCAUACUGCAGAUGUUUGGCAGCGUCUCGGCGAUCCUCGACAUCGACGAUUCCGCUCAGUUUGGUGACGCUCACAAGGUGCCGUCUUCGUGUCUGUUCAGCCUAUUGCUCAGUCUUGAGACGCCCUCUCCUGACCCGCUCAACAUCGGAGAGUUAGUCAAAGAAGAGAAGCCUCUACAGGCCAUUGACUUCUGCUAUCACGAUGAGAGUGAGAUGGUCACGGUGCUGGACUGUAUCUCUUUGUGUGUUAUGGUGGUGGCGUACGCGGCUGACUCGCUGCGGGCUCAACAGAUGCUGACGAUUCUGGAGGCAGUUCUCCCGUGUUAUCUUCAGCAGAUUCGGUUACCUAGCUAUAGAAAGCUGCAAGAAGGCAAGACCGAGCGAGAAAUCAUCAGUCAAUUGGCAAUCGCUAUAAAAACUCUUGUCAACAACUGCGAGGGUUUGGCCAAGAACUACAAUGGACCAAACCCUUCAAGCCCAGAGCACAAGGGUUCGAGUCAGAAGAAUUACAGCCGAGCGCCGUACUCCCCCGGGUUUGAGUUUGAGGAGGAUUCUCAUUCCAAGUACCUCAGUGACCGGAGUAGGACCAAGAUGUAUCACGAGAGAGAUAUGGAAGACUCUGAGGUUUUGCGUAAUGACUUCCGAAGACCUCGCGACGUCUUGCUUUCUCUUGUCGCAGAUUUUGUGACAACCUGCACGACAAGACUAGUCGAACUCAAUAAGAAGUUCCCUCAAGACGGCAAAGUGGUCGAGCUGUUGGAUCUCAGAUCCCACAUUAGGCUGGCAGACAUUGCCCACACACUGUUGAAGGUUUCACCGUACGACCCUGACACGAUGUCAGGUAAAGGGUUACAACAUUACAUCACCCAGUUGCUGCCGUCCACGGACUGGUCCAACGAGGCGCUGCGACCCGCUCUCAUCCUCAUACUACGCCGCAUAGACAAGACGUUCAGCAAGAUAUACAAGAAACCCGGCAUUAGGCGCCACACUGACUGGGAAGCAGCCAGUGGAUUGCUACGAGGGGUCUACGAGACUCUAUCUAGACAUCCGUACAUUGUACACAUGCAGAACUUGAAACAGCUGGUGUCUACUUGCCAGUCUCUGAUCCUUGGUGAGAACAGCGGCAUGGUAGGCGAGAGUCAGUCGUCUGCCACCAACGCACUGAUGAGCCAAGUACCUCCUCCGCACUUCUGUUCCAUGGUAGUGAGACUCAUCGCUCUGCAGAUAUUGGCUGUUGGGGAGACGUACACACUAGAGCAGGUCUGUGGAGGCAGUUCGGUGUUUCCCAGUCAGGACAAGACGGAGAGUAUGUUGAUGAACUUGCUGCUUCCUCUGUGUCUCAGAGUCGGCAGUGGUCGGAAAGAUGUACAUUGUAUGAGACACACAGACAUCAGCUACACUCUGACUGUUAUACUGCACGCCAUGUGUCCUCCCACCUCCAAGAGCGCAGCACUUACAUCGCAGAACCUUAAGUCAUCCUCAGACACUCGCACUGGGUCCUUCACGUUCCUCGGAAGAGAGACCAAAGUCAGCCCCACAGUGUCUCGGAGCGUCUACCAGGUUGCAUUCUUAGGUCUGAAGAUCAUGCUGGUGUGUUUUGAGAACGACCUGGUGAAGGAUUGGCCACGCAUCGCUCGGACAGUGCGAGACAUGAGUAAAGUACACGAGGCGAGGCAGCUCUACUGGAACUUCAUAGACUUUGUUGUCUCCCAGCGGUCGCCUGUGUUUGUGCUGUUGUUGCCUUUCAUCAACCAGAAGCUGAACCAGCCUCCAUUGUCAGAGUACGACAGACAGAUGCAAUUCAUCGUGAGAGAGAAGAUGUCUGGGCUGAGCCUGGUCGCUCCCAAGUGUCGUGGAGCUCUGCUGGUGGAACUAAUGCACGAGAUGAAGCAACUCAAGGAGGAGCUGGACGAUCGCAAGUAUGAUGAACAGACCAAUCUGAAGAAGGAGGUGCAGCACGCAUCUUGUGAGAAGAUCGCCACACACCAACGUCACCAUCGGCCUUCUCUGAUAGACUUGUUGACGGGAGGAAACCAAAGUGGCAACGUCACUCCGGGUCACAGAGAGUCCAUAUCCAGUGCUCCGGGCAGUGAUCCAACUGUAGCUUUGUUGAUGUCCAAGUAUGCUUCCUCGGCUCAGCCCACCUCUGAAGUGCUGAGUCCGGGUGAGGAGAGUGCUAGUGACCUCGGAGGGAGUAAAGGGAAACCGAGGCUGCAACGGUCCAAGGCUCAGAGUCGCAAGACGUUUCGUUUCAGGAAAAGUAGAGUGGAGCGGGAAUUCCACGGCAUCGGACACAGUCGUACACAGCCGUCCACUCCGACCUCGACAAAACCAGAGUUUGGCACUCCGACCAGAGCUGAGCCCCCUCCUCCCCUUAAAACUGUCCCCACUCCUGUACAGAGCCCCCCGCCAACCAGCCCUCCACCUACCAGUCCCCCGUCACAGUCUGCUCAGCUGACAAACCCCAGAGCGGGGCUCAAGACUGACAUCUCUUAUGAGGAUGAUAGUGCUCUAUCUCAGACAUCCAGCACCUCGGGCUACAGAGAAAACUGCAGUUUGCUGAUGAUGCCGCUGGAGUCGCCUCCGCUAGCUUCCACCAGUAGCAGCACCAUUGUUCCUCCCUCGCCCUCGUCCACACCUGACCCUAUCCAUCCCAUCCACCCCUACGAUCCACAGGAUGAGGACACACUCAUUUAAUGUGGAUGUCCAGCAAAUUGAAACAUGACUGAAAUCAGCAUAAAUAUUACCAUUGACUAUUGGAUACUGAAGUAGACCUCCCUCC